AUGGGUUCUUCGGGUAUUGAAAAUGCUAUUUCUAGUCAUGCACUUGACAUGACAGUCCUGGGGCUUAACAGCGGGACGUCAAUGGAUGGUAUUGACUGCGCUCUAUGUCGAUUUCGUCAAGAGACACCGGAAUCACCAAUGCAUUUCGAGCUCUUAAAAUAUGGCGAAAUACCCUUGGAGCCAGUCAUCAAGAAACGAGUGAUGAAAAUGAUCCUCCACAACAAAACAUCUCCCUCGGAACUCUCCGAAGUGAAUGUGAUUUUGGGGAAGACCUUUGCAGCCGCAGUGCACAAGUUUUGUGAAGACUACCAAGUUGAUAUCAACUCCAUCGAUCUUCUUGGUUCACAUGGACAAACUAUAUGGCUCCUAUCCAUGCCAGAGCCUGGCGAAACUCGGAGUGCUUUGACAAUGGCCGAAGGAUCCUUUUUGGCUUCUCGCACUGGUAUCACCUCUGUGACCGAUUUCCGCGUCAGUGAUCAAGCAGCUGGACGCCAAGGCGCCCCGUUAAUUGCAUUCUUCGAUGCGUUGGUCUUACAUCAUCCAACUAAAUUACGAGCUUGUCAGAAUAUUGGUGGAAUUGCGAACGUUUGCUUCAUCCCGCCUGAUACACACGGUGGUGUGGACGCCUGCUAUGACUUUGACACUGGACCCGGGAAUGUCUUCAUCGAUGCCGUCGUACGGUACUACACUAACGGCGAAUCUGAAUAUGAUAAAGACGGCGAGAUGGGUGCACGUGGUACUGUUGACCAGGAAUUAGUGGACGAUUUCCUGAGCCACAAGUAUUUCGGUUUGGAACCGCCAAAAACAACAGGCCGAGAAGUCUUCCGUGAUACUCUCGCUCAUGAACUCAUCAACAAGGCCGAGGCAAAAGGCCUAACACCAGAUGAUGUUGUUGCCACUAUUACUCGUGUCACAGCCCAGGCCAUUGUGGAUCAUUACCGCCGCUACGCACCCAAGGGUCUUAAGAUCGCUGAAAUAUUCAUGUGUGGUGGUGGUGCCUAUAACCCGAACAUCACUGCCUUCAUCCAACAGAAUUAUCCAAAUACUCGCAUCCUUAUGCUAGAUGAAGCCGGAAUCCCAGGUGAGGCAAAGGAAGCUAUUACUUUUGCCUGGCAAGGUGUGGAAGCAGCAGUUGGUCGCUCGAUCCCUGUCCCGACUCGGGUUGAGACUCGGCAAGAAUACGUUCUAGGAAAGGUAUCACCGGGAAAGAAUUAUCGCAAAGUAUUGCGUCAAGGAAUGCUCUUCGGUGCUGGGCGAGACCAUUUGCCGCCUGUGAAAGAAUUGGUUAACUAUGUUGAUGGAAAGAUUUAUGACAACAAGUGGUGA